AUGCUCUUGACAAGUGGUCGAGUGAGGCGGAGAAAUGCAGCGCCGAUACAAAAGACCAUUCAAACAAAGGCCUCCGUGGUGGACCAGCUGGAGGAGGCGCUGCAGGCACGGGAUUUCUCCAAGGCUACAACAAUGCUAGAGUUCUACAAGACAACAAACCAGCCGGUUGGCGAUCUCUCCAUUAACCCAUGGCUGGCAUACAGUGCAUUUCACAUGAAUGAUGUGGGAAAGGCUAUUGAUGUCUACAAGGAGUUAUUGUCCCUAGAACGUUGUGAUCCAAUGCACUAUAUCCACAUGGGAUGUUGUCACUUUGUUAAUGGAUCCUACAAGGAGGCAGAGGAGUGUGUGUUAAGGGGACCAGAGUGUUCGUUGCAAACACGUUUAUUGUUUCACAUUGCCCAGAAAUUAUACGAUGAGGAAAAGUUGCUGGUUUACCACCAGAAGUUGAAGGAUACGGUUGAGGAUCAACUUUCAUUGGCCGCGGUUCAUUACUAUCGUGGUCACUUUCAAGAAGCCAUUGAUGUUUACAAGCGAAUUCUACUAGAAACCCGAGAGUACGUAGCACUCAACGUGUACGUUGCGAUGUGUUAUUAUAAGUUGGACUACUAUGAUGUUAGCUUGGAGGUGUUGAAUGUAUACUUGCAAACACAUAGCAACAGUGCCACUGCCAUCAACUUGAAGGCAUGCAAUCACUACCGUCUGUAUAAUGGCAAGACGGCAGAGGGAGAGUUAAGAGUACUCAUCGACCUGCAGCGGUCAACUUACAAUGUUGAGAAUGACAUAGUAAAACACAACUUGGUUGUCUUUCGUAACGGGGAGGACGCACUUCAAGCAUUACCUCCGCUUAUCAAUGUUGUCCCCGAGGCAAGGCUGAAUCUCGUUAUUUAUCAACUGCGUCACGAUCAAUUUGAGGAGGCGUACGAGUUGAUCAAAGAUCUUGAGCCUGUUUCUACGCCUGAGUACAUUCUAAAAGGCGUCGUGAAUGCCUUAAUUGGACAAAAACUUGACUCGGAGGAGCAUCUGAAGAUCACACGGGAGUAUUUCAAUCUCAUAGGCACUGCUCAGUCUGAGUGCGACACCAUUCCCGGGCGACAGUGCAUGGCCUCAUACUUCUUUUUGCUCCGUGACUUUCCAAAUGUUCUUCUUUACUUACGCUCCAUCAAACCCUACUUUUUAAACGAUGAUACAUUCCUAUAUCUGUAUGGCAUUGCCUGUGCGGGGACCGGGAAUUUUGCGGAAGCGGAAGAAUCGCUCACGGCGGUUCGCUCCGAAAAAAUUAGGGCGGAAUUCAGCUACACAAGUUGGCUAAUGCGAUCUCACAUCAUGAACAAUCAUGCAAAGCGGGCAUGGGAUAUUUAUCUGAAAAUGGAGACAAGCGCUGAAUCCUUUAAUGUCUUGCAGCUCAUGGCAAAUGACUGUUACAAGGUCUGUGCGUUUUACUAUGCUGCCAAGGCCUUUGACGUUCUCGAACGCCUUGACAAUGCCCCCGAGUACAUUGAGGGUAAAAAAGGAGCUUGCAUUGGUGUCUUUCAACAGGUGUUUGCGAAUCAAGAGCCUGUGGACUCGCUCUUUGAUGUUGUGAAGAUGUUGGAGUCCAGUGUCCAACAGCACGCCAGCGAGCCACAGGUUUCGCAGCAGUUUGAAAGCAUACUGAAGGUGAUGAAGGAGUGGCUCAAGGAGAGCAAACUCAAGCGCAAGUAG